AUGUCCGGAAUAACUACCAGCACGUUUGCCCCUGGGACUCACUUCUCGACGUUACGGAACAAUGCGGCGAGCUCCUGGUGGAAAGACCCUGGGAUGCGAAGCUUGGCCGUAGCGACUAUCGCAGCGUAUUGCGGUACCGUCAACGCCGGGUACGAUGGAUCCCUCUUCAACGGUCUUCAGACGAUCGACGGUUUCCUCGGCGUACUUGGGAACCCGGAUGGGAACAAGCUGGGGAUCAUCUCCGCUGCUUAUGCUCUCGGAGCGAUCCCUUCCCUUCUCCCCGCCGCGUGGAUCGGUGACAGGUUCGGUCGAAAGAUCUGUAUGGCCAUCGGCGCGCUCCUCAUCAUCAUCGGUGCGGUCGUACAAACGUUUACCAAAGGCGGUGAUCCCAUGCUCGCCGGUCGAUUCGUCGUCGGUCUCGGAGCGUCUUUCGAAGCGAUCGGGGCCGCGCCUUAUGUCACCGAGAUCAGCCAUCCUCGAAACCGGCCUCAAGCGACCGCAUUGAUCAACACUUGCUGGUUCAUCGGAUCGAUCAUCGCCGCGUGGACCUGUUUCGGGACCCUGAACAUCAACGGGGAUUGGGCUUGGCGCCUCCCUUGCCUCUUCCAAGUGCUUCCCUGUGUCGUCCAACUCCCCCUUCUCUGGUUCAUCGGCGAGUCCCCCCGAUUCCUCGUUAGCAGGGGCAAGAACGAGCAGGCGCUUCGUACGCUGGCGAGGUACCAUGCCAAUGGGGACGAGCAGGACGAGCUCGUGCAAUUCGAAUACCAAGAGAUCUGCGCCGCGCUCGAGUUUGAGAAACAAGCUACGGCUGGGAUCACCUACAUGAGCUUCUUCAAGAGCCGCGGCAACCGACACCGACUGCUCGUCAUCGUCCUCGUCGGGUUCUUCAGUCAGUGGGUUGGGAACGGAAUCAUCUCGUACUAUCUGGCUCGAAUCCUGUCCAGUGUCGGUGUCAACAACUCGACGCAACAAGCCGGUCUCAAUGGAGGUCUUCAAGUUUGGAACUGGCUCUGGGCUAUAGGCGCCGCGCUCCUCUGUGAAAGGCUCGGAAGACGACCUCUCUGGUUGACCUCGGCCAUUGGCAUGCUGAUCUGUUACAUCAGUAUCACCGCCUGUUCCGCUGUCUUUGCUGAAAAGGGAACCAUCGGAGCCGGUUACGCCGUCAUCGCCUUCAUCUUCCUGUACAACGGCUCUUACAGUAUCGCUUUCACCGGAUUGACCCUGGCCUACCCCAACGAGAUCUUGCCUUUCAACCUGCGAUCGAAAGGAAACGCCAUCUUGCAGCUGGCCAUUCAGAUCGCCCUGUUUUUCAACCAAUACGUCAACCCCAUCGCUCUCGAUGCGAUCGCCUGGAAAUACUACAUCGUGUACGAUGUCGUCCUAAUCAUCGCUAUCGCCUGCAUCUACUUCCUCUUUCCCGAAACCAAAGGCAGGAUGCUCGAAGAGAUCAGUGAGAUCUUUGACGGCCCUAGCGACCACUCUGUCAACGCCUCGGCUCAGGAAGCUCUCGAGCACGAUGACAAGAUCGGUGGUGAAAAGAAGACCGCGACCGGUCAUGUAGAAUACGCUGCCUAG